AUGGCUAUGGUAUCCAACGGAUCUGAGUACGACUUCAUCAUUGUCGGCGGUGGUACCGCUGGCAAUGCAGUUGCUGGUCGGCUUGCCGAGAACCCCAAUGUUCGCAUCCUGGUUGUGGAGGCGGGUAUCCCCAACCCUGACCAGAUCGAUGAAAUCACCACGCCAUCCAAGGCUUUCAAUCUGCGCGGAAGCAAGUACGACUGGGCCUACAAGACCACCAUGAUCAAGCGUGACGACUAUGAGCGAAUUGAAAAGCCCAACACUCGUGGCAAGGCUCUCGGUGGCAGCUCCUGUGCCAACUACUUCACCUGGAUUCCUGGUUCUAAACCUACCUUCGAUGACUGGGAAGACUUUGGUGGCCGCGACUGGACUUGGGACAACUGCGUGGAGUACCUGCGCAAGUGUGCAACCUAUCAUGACGAUGAGAAGCUGUAUCCCGCUGAACUGAGCAAGAUCGGAACCGGCGGUCCUUUGCAGAUCUCUCAUGCUGAACUUGUACCGGAGAUGCAGCCGUUCCGUGACGCGCUUACCCAGGCUUGGGUCUCCAAGGGCGAAGUCCUUACCGAGGAUAUCUACUCUGGUGAAAUGCGAGGCCUGACGCACUGUGUGGACACUAUCUACAAGGGUGAGCGCCAGGGUAGCUUCCUGUACCUGAAGGAUAAGCCAAACGUGACUAUCUUGUACGGUGUUCAAUCGAAGAGCUUGAUUAUUGAUCCCGCGACCAAGGUCUGCUCCGGUGUCACUGUCAUCAGUGAAGCCUCCAACACCGAGAUCAGUGUCUAUGCUAGCCGCGAGGUCAUCCUGUCGCAGGGUGUCUUUGAGACUCCCAAGCUCCUUAUGCUCAGCGGUGUCGGUCCAGCUGAUGAGCUCGCCAAACACGGUAUCAACCCGGUUGUCGACUCUCGCCACGUUGGUCAGCACCUUCUGGAUCACCCAAUCGUGCCUUUCGUGCUCGAGAUUAAGGAUGGAUACGGUCUCGACGAUCAUCUGCUCCGUGCUGGUCCCUUGAACGACUCGGCAGUGGCCGCAUACAAGCGCGACAAGACUGGCCCCGUCGGCUCCGGACUGCUGGAGAUGGUUGGAUUCCCUCGCAUUGAUGAGCGCUUGGAGAAAUAUCCUGCCUAUCGUGAAGCUAAGGCUGCCAACGGUGGUCUGGAUCCCUUCGGACCAGCUGGACAGCCCCACUUCGAGCUGGACUUUGUCGGUAUUUUCAGCACUGCCUUCCAGUGGCACUACCCACUUCCUGAGAAGGGCAACUACAUGACUGUCAUCGUCGACCUGCUUCGCCCCCUGUCCGAGGGUGAGGUCACUCUGAACAGCGCGAACCCCCAGGUCCAGCCCAACAUCAACCUCAACUUCUUUGCCAAUGACCUGGACAUUCUUGCCAUGCGCGAGGGUGUGCGCUGGACCUACGAUGUUCUGACCAAUGGUGCUGGCUUCAAGGACAUCGUUCUUGCCGAGUACCCCUGGAAGAUGCCUCUCCACUCUGAUGACGAGAUGAAGCGCGCUGUCCUGGAUCGAAGCCAGACUGGAUUCCACCCCUGCGGUACUGCCCGUCUCUCGAAGAGCAUCCACCAGGGUGUGGUUGACUCGAAGCUCCGAGUCCAUGGAAUCCGCAACCUGAGAAUCGCCGAUGCUUCCGUUAUCCCAGUGAUUCCUGACUGCCGCAUCCAGAACUCGGUAUACAUGAUUGGUGAAAAGGGUGCGGACAUCAUCAAGUCUGCUCAUAAGGAUCUCUAUGAGGCCAAGGGUUACCCCUACUUUGUCUCUAGCAGAUUGUAG